GGCUAGCUUCACAUGUGUGGAUUUCCGUAAACAGUUUCGCACGAUUUCGCAGUGGCGAUGGAAUCAAACAAGGACGAAGCUGAACGCUGCAUUAAGAUUUCCAUCAAUGCACUCAACAGUAACCAACUGGACAAAGCCACAAGGUUUCUAGAAAAGGCACAGCGUUUGUUUCCAACCGAUCAAGCCAAAAGUUUACUACAGUCGAUCAAACAGAAUGGAAGACCACCAGCUAAGGAUGAGCCACCUACAAACGAGGAUGAUUCCGGAGUGAGACACCGUAGUCAUGGAGAAGAUCGAGCAUCGGGAAAUGGUGCCACAGACUCGGCCAAACCAUACACAUCCGAACAGAUGGAUGCUGUAAAAAAAAUAAAGAGUUGUAAAGACUACUAUGAGAUUCUAGGAGUGGAAAAGGAUGCUGGGGAGGAGGACCUAAAGAAGUCCUACAGGAAACUGGCACUGAAAUUCCACCCUGAUAAAAAUCUAGCUCCAGGAGCCACGGAAGCAUUUAAAGCUAUUGGUAAUGCGUAUGCUGUGUUGAGUAAUGCAGAGAAGAGGAGACAGUAUGAUGAACGUGGUGAGGAGAGAGGACACCAUACCAGGCAACACCGCCAUGACUUUGAAGCCGACAUCUCGCCCGAAGACCUCUUUAACAUGUUUUUUGGAGGAGGCUUCCCAUCACGUAAUGUACAUGUUUACAGAAAUGGCCGAAUGCACUUUGGCCCGCAGCGUAGAGCAGGACCGGAGAGGAGAGAACAGCGUGAUGGUGGCUUUGCCCUGUUUGUCCAGCUGAUGCCCAUCCUCAUACUCGUCUUUGUGUCUGCCGUCAGCCAGAUGAUGGUGUCCCCGCCCCCCUACAGCCUUAGCCAACGCCCGGGGCUAGGUCACAUCCACCGGAGGCACACACAACCACUGAAGGUGCCUUAUUAUGUGGGAGCUAGCUUCCUUGAGGAAUACUCUGGAAACGAUCUAAGGAGGGUGGAAAAGAGCGUGGAGGAAGACUACAUAUCCAAUCUUAGGAACAACUGCUGGAAGGAAAAGCAACAGAAAGAAGGCUUGCUGUACCGUGCUCGUUAUUUUGGAGACUCUGACUUGUACCAAAGAGCUCAGCGGAUGGGCACGCCGAGUUGCUCAAGACUAUCUGAGAUUCAGGUCAUGCAACAUGGAUAGGAAAACACUGACAUGCAGAACGAUUAUUUGGUACUUGAAUUGAGAAUAAAUCAAUAUACAACACUCUAUUCAAGCCCCAACCACCAAUACUGGAGUGUAAGAGUAGAGCAGCAAAUCAAGAGGAAGAGAAACUGCCUUUGAUCCAGUUGGUUGGUUGCAGACAUAGCCUUUGGGUGGAAUGUCUCUCAGCACACUGUGGACAGAUUUAACUUCCAAAAGAACUGUGAACCAAACAGGAGGCGAUUGCUGGCUUGAAUACAAAACAAUUGUUUUCUAGGCUGGCAGAUAAGACGGCCGCAUUGUUUAUAAGAGAUUGUCUUCCUGAAUGUUAUACGUUAAAGGCUGCUAAAAUAAAGCAUUCUUUUUCUUCCCCCUUUUCCUAUUGUUUCAAUAAAUAUUUGAAAACCAACAUAAGGCCUUCUAUUAUAGACAGAGACAAUUUUAAUCAAUUUUAUAGCUCACACUUCUAAUAUACCUUGUAUUUUUUAAAACAUGGGCUUGACAGCAUUAUGAAGCUAAGAGCCUUUAUUUUAGAAUUGAAUGUAACCUGUGGAUUUAUUUGUAGCAUGUUGGAUUAUUAAGGUGUGUGUUGAAAAUGAUUGCACAAAUGAAAAUCUGUAUUUAUUAAAUGUUUUUUAUGAAUCACAAUAUUACGAAAAUGUGGUGCCCCUGAAAAAGUCUUCACAUUGACAUUAAAUUUGAAAAAUAAUGUAUUUAAUUAUUCCGUUUCAAGUAGUUGAGAAUACAAAAAGCAGUACAGGUAUUUGAAUAUCAAAUAAAUAAACUGUAAUCAAAUGCAUGGUUAAAAAACAA